CACAAGGGAACUCUGGGCUCCCGUUUUUAAAACUUCCCUUUUAAUCUCAUAGUAGGGUUUCAGGAGGGAAGGGUAGCUACAUGCCUGCACUCCCCCAUCUUCACCUAGAAGCCGUCAUCAUUGAGGUCAUUGUCACAGAGUCCCCAGCUGACCUCCGAAGUCAUGCACUGCGGGGAACCACAGAGGUUAGGGGUGAGGGACAGAGGCAGGAUUUGUUGCCAGGGCUGGCUGUCAUCCAGUUCAGCCUCUGGCUCCUGGAGCGUCCUCUCCUCCGUGCCUGGAAGUCUGGCCGGGCGGGAGUCACGGGUCUUCCCAGAAGCCGGGACAGGGAGGCGGGGGCGGGGAUGAGCAAACAGAUCAAAGGUGAGGCGCCCUGAGGCUCCAGACCCACGGCAGCCGCAAGACGGCUCACCAUGAGGCGGGUAGGAGCCCCCAGAGCCUCCCUGGCAGGGGUGAGGGCUGCGAAUGGGCCUCACCGCCCUACCCUUCGUGGCCCUGGGCUGCUGGUCCUCCUGGGCCUGCUGGCGGGCUUGGCAGCCACACCCUCAGGCCCACAGUGGCCCAAGCCUGUGUUCGGGCGCCUGGCAUCCCCUGGCUUCCCCGAAAAGUAUGCCAACAACCAGGAGCAGCGCUGGACCCUGACGGCACCCCCUGGCUACCGCCUGCGCCUCUACUUCACCCACUUCCACCUGGAGCCCUCCUACCUCUGCGAGUACGACUUUGUCAAGCUGAGCUCCGGGACCAAGGUGCUGGCCACUCUGUGUGGCCAGGAGAGCACGGAUACGGAGCGGGCGCCCGGCAAUGACAGCUUCUACUCCGACGGCUCCAGCCUGGACGUCACCUUCCGCUCCGACUACUCCAAUGAGAAGCCGUUCACGGGCUUCGAGGCCUUCUACUCAGCGGAGGACAUCGACGAGUGCCAGGUUCCCCCAGGAGAGGCCCCUGCCUGUGACCACCACUGCCACAACCACCUGGGCGGCUUCUACUGCUCCUGCCGGGCAGGCUAUGUCCUUCACAGGAACAAGCGCGCCUGCUCAGCCCUGUGCUCAGGCCAGGUCUUCACUGCCUGGUCUGGGGUGCUCAGCAGCCCGGAAUACCCGCAGCCGUACCCCAAACUCUCCAGCUGCACCUACAGCAUCCGCCUGGAGGAGGGGUUCAGCGUAAGCCUGGACUUCGUGGAAUCUUUCGACGUGGAGUCGCACCCCGAGACCCAGUGCCCCUAUGACUCCCUCGAGAUCCAGACAGACAAAGAGAAAUACGGCCCAUUCUGUGGGAAGACGCUGCCCCCCAGGAUUGAAACCAAGAGCAGCACCGUGACUGUCACCUUUGUCACUGAUCAGUCGGGGGAGCACACGGGCUGGAGGAUCCGCUACAGCAGCACAGCUCAGCCUUGCCCUGAUCCAGUGGCGCCACCUAAUGGCCAUAUCUCCCCUGUGCAAACCAAGUACAUCCUCAAAGACAGAUUCUUCGUCUUUUGUGAGACCGGCUAUGAACUCCUGCAAGGUGAUUUGCCCCUGAAAUCAUUCACUACAGUGUGUCAGAAAGAUGGAUCUUGGGACCAGCCCGUGCCAGAGUGCAGCAUUGUUGACUGUGGCCCCCCUGACGAUCUCCAGAAUGGCCAAGUGGAGUACAUCACAGCCCCUGAAGUGACCACAUACAAAGCUGAGAUCAGAUACCGCUGCAAUGCGUUCUACACAAUGAGAAUAGACCAUGGUAAAUAUGUGUGUGAGGCUGAUGGAUUCUGGAUGAGGUCCAAAGGAGACAAAUCACUCCCCGUCUGUGAGCCUGUUUGUGGACUAUCAACCCGUACUACAGAAGGUCGUAUAUACGGAGGACAAAAAGCAAAGCUUGGGGAUUUUCCCUGGCAAGUCCUGCUAUUUGGUGAAACUAUGGCAGCAGGUGCACUUGUAUCUGACCACUGGAUCCUAACAGCUGCUCAUGCUGUAUAUAAACAAAAAGAAGAUGCCUCCUCCCUAGACAUUAGGAUGGGUGUCCUGAAGAGACUGUCACCUCAUUAUACACAGGCCUGGGCCGAGGCCAUUUUUAUACAUGAAGGUUAUACUCACAAUGCUGGGUAUGAUAACGACAUAGCACUGAUUAAAUUGAAGGACAAAGUUGUAAUCAAUAGCAACGUCAUGCCUAUCUGUUUGCCAAGAAAAGAAGCCGAAUCCUUCAUGAGGACAAAUGACAUUGGGACUGCAUCUGGAUGGGGAUUAACCCAAAGGGGUUUUCUUGCCAGAAGUCUAAUGUCUGCUGACCUGCCCAUUGUUGACCACCAGAAAUGUGUUGCUGCCUUUGAAAAGAAGUCCGAUCCAGGGGUGCGGGUAACUGAUAACAUGCUCUGUGCUGGUUUAGAAAGUGGGGGCAAGGACAGCUGUAAAGGCGACAGUGGGGGAGCAUUAGUGUUUCUAGAUGAUGAGACACAGAAGUGGUUUGUGGGAGGAAUAGUGUCCUGGAGUUCCACUAAUUGUGGGGAAGCAGGUCAAUAUGGGGUCUACACAAAAGUCAUUAACUAUAUUCCUUGGAUCAACAACAUAAUUAAUAAUUUUUAAGUCCAAUCAACAAAUGAUCCCUUGUUUUAAAAAAUCAUCUUUAAAGACCUUAGCAGCAAACUGACCUGAAAAACAUUAACAUGACAGCUGCCAUUCCACUCCAAAACCAAACCAAAGUAUAGGCGAGACUGCCUUUCAGGUACUUCUCCAACUUGCUGGGUUUUCACCGCUUAUUCUUUAAGGGGACCUAAACCAGUGAGGUGAUAUUCACCUUUACCAAUCCAAUAGCAGCUCAUUGGUUAAAUGUGUAUUUACUUACAAAGUCCAGUGUCUUUUUGUCCUUGUGCCUUUCUGUAAACUGCCUGUUCAUAUUAACUAUUAUUCUGUUUUUUGGAUUUAGUGACCUCUGAGAGGUUACAUAUCACAGCAGUACUGGUUCAGGAACUACCCUGAAUCAUGGUUUUUUGGGGUUAGGUAAAUUGGAUACUUUAGCCUAGGCUGGGUAUGGACUGAUUUCUACAUUAAAAUCAAUACUGUAAUUUUUCACGUAUCAAACUAGCAGACAAAAAAGAACAUGAACAGCUUCUAUUUCACACUGUCGAAGACAACAUGAAUUUUCUCUGAAGUACAACCUGGCAAUAUAUUUCAGAAGUCUUAAAAGCAUUCAUCAUCUUUGAACUGGUAAUUCCAAUGCUAAGUUUUAAAUUUAGUGAGGAUGUUCCUAGCACUUGGAAAUAACCUAAUGUACAAAUUCAGGCGACAAUUCAAUCAAAUGUGGCAUUUCCAUAAGAUGAAAUACAACAUGAAAAGUAUUAGAAAUCUGUAGUGUUUUUUUUUCCUUCUUACCAUGAGCUAAAUUAAAUAGCUGGGCGCACUUAAUAGAUCACAGAGCAUACAACAGCAGAGUAUAGAACUCACGUAUACAAUCAAAAGACUUACCUAGUAUUCAACAAAAAAUUAUUCUAAUUAUCACAUACAUCUUCUGAAUUCUAAGUAGUACUUAACAUCUUUUUUCCUAAGAAUAUUUAAGCUCUGAUUUAACCUUAAAAAUCUCUCAUUCUAGUUGUCCACUCCUCUCUCAAAAGUUUUAAUGGCUAACAUUUAACAAAGUUUUUCAUUCUAGCCAGAUUAACCAUUAUAUGUAAAAAUUUUGAGUUCUAACUUCCUGUGCAUAUUAAUUGCAUUUUUUUUUUUUUUUUUGCCGCAUCCAUGGCACGUGGAGGUUCCUGGGGCCAGAGGCUGAAACCGUGCCACAGCCACAGCAGUGACUAUGCCAGAUCCUCAACCAGCUGUGCCACCAGGGAAUUGCUAAAGUGCAAUUUUUUCAGACUCAUUUUUAAAAGGUAAUUUUCCAGCAUCUUGUCACAUAAAAAAAAGAAAUUGCGUUUUUCCAGUAAGACUCCAGACACUAAACUGUGGUAGCAACAAAAAUUUUUAUUCAACUGGUUCAAAAAAUUUUUUUUAGAAUGAAUGCAUUUAGAUGACCAAGUAGACUUUAAAAACAAAUCUUUGCCAAAUAGUUUACUUCUAAACUUCAAUUUUUUUGGGGGGGGAGGGGGAUUAAAUACCCAUAGCCAUGUAGUACCAUAAACAUGUUAAUAGAAGGCUACUCAACACUGAAAGCCUUCCCAAGACUGUUAACUAGAUUUAUACAAGUGUAAAUAAAGGAUUAAAACCA